CAUCGACGGCCCCUCACCUCGCGGCUCCCUUUCCGACCUCGAAGAAUGUCCUUUGACGGGCGAAGAAUCACAAUUCCCACUCAAGCAGCGGAAACGGCUCCACUGGCAGUGGCCCGCGAACGACAGCCCAUUUUGGAAGUACUACUCGCUCUUCACGACGACAUGUACUCUCAUUCUGCUUGUAACUCUCGUUCACGAUAGCACUAGCUCGCGGAGGCCUACUGCCGCUGCGCCAAGCAAGCCAGACAUGAUUCCUCUAGAGUCCUAUCCCCAUCUCGCCGAUACCUGGAAAAAGGAAAACCUCGUUAAGACGAAGUUCUAUCGGGAUACGCGAUAUAUGUCCAUUGACCAUGACUUGGAUUACUUGUGGCAAGAGCACGUUUUGAUGUCCACAGGCAACAUCAGGAUCCCGUCGGAAAAAGGGAAAGGCAACAGCUCGUUGAUGAGCAUCAGCAUGUUCCACCAAAUGCACUGCCUCGCGAAAAUGCGACUCGCGCUCCAGCAAGCACGGGAAGGUCUCAUCGACAUCGGCGUCGAUUGGAGAGACGACGCACACUGGCCGCAUUGCUUUGAUUAUUUGCGUUCAUCGAUAAUGUGCUACGCCGACGGAACGCUGGAGCAAGUGACUCUACAACCAGGACCGGUAGACGACGGGACGUUUGUGAAGGUCAUUGAUGGCGGUGUCGAGACCCGGUAUUGUCGGGAUACGAAGCCGUUGUAUGAUCUUGAGAGGCAGUAUGGGCCGAACUCGCACUAUGGGCACGAGGCCGAUGAUCAAUUUCAGGUUGCACCGGGGAGAUAGGAUUGGGUUGGGUUCAUGUAGAUGUAUAUUCUGGGCCUAUAGUUGAUAUAGUAGACGAUGAUACUGCUGCCUACAUGGUAGUUUACGUGCUGGAUGAGGAGAUUG